CUGCCAUGCCCAAGUUACCAUACGUGAACCAGAAACCUUUGACGGCAUUUUUCACCAGUCCGAAAGCUGUGGCGAAGUUGCCAGAUGCCAAAGAGAAUUCGAUCACUCCAGCUAGUCCGGCAGAGACACCAAAGUCUGCCCGGACCCCUGAAAAGCGUGCCCUGGAGGAGAUUUGUCCUUCUAACACAAAUGGACAACCCAAUGUGGACGACGACGUGGAAAGUACAAAACGUCCACGUGUGGAAAGCGACACAGCUCAACAGAUAAAGUCGCCACCACCGUCAGCGUGGGGGAGUUUUCCCCUCGGCAAGUCCAGUACAUCUGCGCUUGGACGCGAGGACUUGAACAAAAAGCUAGCCGAAAUCAAACGCAAAUUAGCCUCACGACCAACACGUUCUGUGCUCACUCUGAUCCAAGGACUGCACCCUGAAUGGGCGUGUGUACUACAGCAGCAAAUUGAAAGCGAACGUUUCCAAAAACUGGCCGACUUUGUGGCUGGAGAACGAGCACGACCGACUGCAGUCUAUCCUCCCUGUGAACAGGUGUUCACUUGGAGCCAAUUGUGCCCUCCUUCGUCGGUCCGAGUGGUCAUCUUGGGUCAAGAUCCCUAUCAUGGUCCGAAACAAGCGCAUGGACUUGCUUUCUCCGUUCAACGUCCCCUUCCUCCUCCACCAAGCCUGAUCAAUAUGUACAAGGAAAUUCGUUCAGGAUUGCCGGAAUCAGCGGGAAAUCUGGAAUGGUCACCAAAACACGGUGACCUCAGUGGUUGGGCUCGCCAGGGUGUGCUUCUACUCAACGCAGUCCUCACAGUCCGGGCUUCUUCACCGAAUUCGCACAAAGAUCAAGGAUGGGAGCUCCUGACAGACGCCGUGAUUCGUCAUCUGAGCAAAGAUAAGUCUGUGUCCACCGGGGAUAAAACGCAAGGAGAUUAUGGCAAUAUUCGUCAACGAAUGAACUCUUUGAGGGAUAUGGAUAAAGAACCCACAUGCCCCCUACGAAUCCAACCCAGUCGAACCAAAAUCCUAAUGAAGACAUCCCCUAAAGUUGUGACGGUCUCUGCCGAGUCGGCUGUCUGUCUUUCCAAGGCUACGGUACGUCCAACGCCAUUCGAUUUACCCUCGUUCUGUGUAGGAACUAUUCCUUGGAGAACUUCUUUCCAGAGCGUUGAAGCCUCCGGGUUUGCAACUGGACUAUGACGAUUUGUCAACCCUCCAAUCGCAGAACAAAGAAUACCAAUUUCUCGCCGAUGUACUUCCAAUGAAGAUCAUGGCAAAAGAGUGGAUAGAACGAUACAAGGAUCAGUUCGAUGCGGCGUGUGCGCAGUCUAAUUAGCAGUCCUCUGUGGAAACCUUUGUCACGACGAAACAGAUCACAUUUGUAAAUAAAAGUCCUCUUUGCUCAAGCAGAUUACAGCAAUUUCAUAAUGCCGCUGUUGAUUUUGUUGUCACGUUGAAAGGUCAACGAGAAUCCUGGUCGUGACAGAUUGAGGUACUCACUUAUAAAGUAUGCAUGGACGUGUACUAUAGCCCUUUCCGCAAGGAGGGAGGGCGUGCUUUUAUGUUUUAUAAAGUGUCUACUCGCAAUAAACAAAAGCUAUGAAAA